AUUACCUCGUUCAAAAUGGCUCCAAAAUAUAAAAGUUAUGAUUACUGGAAACACGCUCUUAAAUCGCCUAAAUAUAUUGUGGCUCCGAUGGUUGAUCAGUCUGAACUACCAUGGCGACUGCUGAGCCGCAGAUAUGGCGCACAACUGUGCUACACUCCAAUGAUUCACGCCGGUCUAUUUGUGAAGGACGCGUUUUACAGAAGGGAAUCUUUUCAGACAUGUGAGGAAGACAGGCCUUUAAUUGUUCAGUUUUGUGCGAAUGAUCCAGAAAUUUUCCUUCAAGCUGCAAAGUUAGUAGAACCUUAUUGUGAUGGAGUUGACCUGAACCUUGGCUGUCCACAGAUAAUAGCAAGAAGAGGUUGCUAUGGUGCAUUUUUACAAGAUAAAUGGGAAUUGAUAGCAUCCAUGGUGAGCCUACUCAAUGAGAAGCUUUCAAUUCCAAUAAGUUGCAAAAUCCGUGUGUUUGAUGAUUUGGAUAAAACUUUGGAAUAUGCAAAAAUGUUAGAGAAAGCAGGCUGUCAGCUGCUGACAGUUCAUGGUCGCACAAGGGAACAGAAGGGACCCAAUACUGGUCUUGCCAAUUGGGAUGUUAUUAAAGCAGUAAAAGAAACUGUCUCAAUCCCUGUGUUUGCCAAUGGAAAUAUUCGCUAUGUGCAAGAUGUGGAGAAGUGCAUGGAAUGUACAGGAGUAGAUGGUGUAAUGACAGCAGAGGGUAAUCUCAGCAAUCCAGCACUCUUUAAUGGUGAACACCCCCCAGUAUGGGACAUAACUGAUGAGUACUUAGCACUGGUAAAUGAACACCCUUGUCUGUUGUCUUACAUCAGAGGUCAUCUUUUUAGGAUGUGGCGGAUCAUCCUGGAUAGAAAUCAUGACAUGCGCGACAUUCUGGGAACAGCCAAGUCAAUUGAGGUCAUGAAGGAAGUUUGUCAGACGUUAAAAGAGAGGGUACAGAGAGACAUUGAAGAAAAUGGCGAGCCAGAUUCCUCAGAGAUUCCCUAUUGGCGGUGUCAACCAUAUAUCAGAUCAAAUACCUCAGUCAAACGAACACUCGACCAGGUGAAAGAAGAAGAGGAAAGAAGCAAAGAGGUGGCAAAGCUGCGGGAGAUGAGAAAAGCGUUGAAGAAACAGAAAGUUAAAGCGCGAAGAGAACGAACGUGGGAUAUCUGUGCAAAGUGUGAAGUAAAUCCAAAGGGAUUGAAAUGUGUAUUCGAUUUGUGUCGGACUUGUUGUCACAUCAAAGUAAAUGAAGGAGUCACGGACUGUCGAGGACACCGAAAACGUUUAAAGAGACACGACGCUACUAUUGUGAAAGAAGCUGUCAAUGACCUCUCUACGAAAACCGAUAUUGAAACAGGAAGGGUACAGCAAACGCAGAUUGUGAGCUAACAUACAUUUUAUUGCACUUGCAAAUAUACUCUCCGAGUCAUAUGCUGGCAGACUGAUGAUAGAGGUUUCUUACUGCGAUAUACUUUCGUUGAGAAUGAUCUCAUUGACAACUAUACACGCGAGAAUGACUAUAGAAAUUUGUAUUAGUAUGUAACCACCACAAUGUGUUGAAAUAUGCUCUGUUCGCGUAAAUUUGUUUCAUCAAUAUUUCUUGAGGAGGACAUUCGUGUCCAGUCCAAAAUUGUAACACGGGACUUUGGUCAGCUGUUGUAGGGUUCCACAACUGUAAAUGCACCGAGGUAUUUGCACGCGACGGAAGAUAGCUGUGAUUUAUAUUAACUACCUUGAAAGACAUUCCCAUCACUCAGAGUUCUUUUUAUCCUGUGCUCCAAGUUUACUUUGCAGCUUUUGUGCCAACCGUUACUCGUCAAUGCUUUCUAUUUCUUCUAGUUACGUAUUAACCGAUUUAAAAUUCUCAGAAAAUCUUACAUUUGCUCUUGAAUUACAUUUUGAAAAUGUGAUCGAAUUGUUGUUGACCUACUUUUUGUUGUUAUUUCGAAUGAUGAAUAAAUAAAGUUGUGCGGCAGAUAUAAAUAUUAAAGUAAGCGAUACUAUUAUCACGAUACUAUUUUAUUUAAGAGAUAAUUAAAUUGUAGAUUAUCAUCAGGA